GAACUGCAGUGCUCCAGGCAGGUACGGUACUGCCUUAUGACAGUGGCCCCCAAGUUCCAGGAGUGGACGUAAAGGUGUCCAUGAAAUUCAUUGUGGGGGCAAGCUUCGAACAUGUGGCCGACGCCGACACUGACACCUGAGCAUGUAAACCUAGCAAAGGAAUGAACUUCGAUUACACUUCACCAAGAACAAGACAACACAGCUGAUCCUCGACGACUACCAAGUAUAGCACAGCUCCCUGCACAUCCACAUCACCCACAGCCAGCUUGAAGCCGGAGCGUGCGCCGUCCCAAUCGUUCGAACUCGAGGCCGAAGCCAAUAAAAGACAGGAAAGGGGAGAUAGCAGCAGCUUGGAAUACAGUACACAGUAUCAACAGGUUGGAGGUCACAAUCAUGGCGGCGGCGCGGGGCAAUGCGCUUCGCGAUAAGCAGAUCCUCUCGAUCAGAAAGAUCCUCAACUUAAAUGAAGCUCUCGAGCUCAGCGAAGGCGACGAAAUCAAUGCCAAUGGCCUGCCCGUGGCUCCUAUACUGAAGGACGGAACGCCUAUCUGGAAGGUCCUUGUGUUUGACGACCUUGGCCGUGAUGUCAUCAGUCCAGUACUCCAAGUGUCGGACCUGCGGUCACUGGGUGUGACGAUGCAUAUGCACAUUUCAGCCAACAGAGCCAAAAUUCCCGAUGUACCAGCGAUAUAUCUCGUCGAGCCCACACCCGCAAACCUCGAGGCGAUCACGAGGGACCUCAAGAAUGGGCUCUACAGCUCUGUCUAUGUCAACUUCCUCUCCUCGAUCCCACGGCCGCUGUUGGAAGACUUCGCUGCGCAAACAGCUGUCACGGAAACAUCAGAACAGAUCGCACAGAUCUACGACCAGUAUCUCAACUUUAUCGUCACAGAACCAGAUCUCUUCAGUCUAGGGAUGCAAAAGCAACACACAUACUGGGCCCUGAACAGUGCCAAGACAAACGACGAAGAGCUGGAUCGUGUAGUAGAUCGCAUUGUCAGUGGGUUGUUUAGUGUUGUGGUGACGUUAGGUGUAAUCCCAGUUAUUCGUUGUCCAAAAGGUGCUGCAGCUGAGGUGAUAGCUCAAAGACUUGACCGCAAGCUCCGGGACCACGUUUUGAACUCCAAAGACAACCUGUUUUCUUCUCAAUCACGAACACCAGGCGUGGCGGCGGGAACACCCACGUCAAGACCUGUACUAAUCAUCCUUGAUCGCAACGUGGACUUGAUCCCCAUGCUUUCUCACUCCUGGACCUACCAGAGCUUGUGUUUCGACGUCUUCAGGUCUGAGCUGAACCGCAUUACGAUCGAGACCCCCGUGGACUCCAACAACCCCGCCAAAGGCACAACCAACAAAAGCUACGAUUUGGCCGCCAAUGACUUUUUCUGGGCCAAGAAUGCCUGCCUCCCAUUCCCUCAGGUGGCCGAAGACAUUGAUGCCGAGCUCACCAAGUACAAGGAAGAGGCAGAAGCCAUCACCAAGAAGACUGGAGUCACGGACUUUGAAGAUCUGCAAAAUGAUACCAGUGCCAGUGCGCAACAUCUCAAAGCAGCCAUCACGCUGCUUCCCGAGCUUCGAGAACGCAAGGCCACGUUGGAUAUGCACAUGAACAUUCUUGCCGCUAUUUUGCAGGAAAUUCAAAACCGCAAGCUGGACAACUAUUUCCAGCUAGAAGAGGAGGUGGCCAAGCAGACCAAGGCCCAGAUCUUGGAAAUGAUCAGAACAGACGACAAGGGUCAACCAACAGACAAGCUCCGUCUGUUUAUUAUCUGGUUCCUCAGCACGGAGCAGGACGUGUCCAGGCCGGAAUGGCAACAGUUCGAAGAGGCCUUGGUCGGUGCUGGUUGUGACAAGACAUGCCUGGCUUACAUCAGACAAGUCCGAGCAACCACCAAAAUGACACAGCUCACUACCAUCAGCAACCAGCAGUCAACUGGCCAGCAAUCUGGCUCUUCAGACCUUUUCAACCGCUUCUCGGCGAUCUCCACCCGUCUUACUGACAGACUCAAGGAGACUGGCGUGCCGACCAACGCCCUUUCAUCCAAUGUUGCCUCUCUCCUCGGCGGCAUCAAGAACUUCUUGCCCGUGGACCGUGAUCUUACAGUAACCAAGAUCACCGAAUCCAUCAUGGACCCUUCGGCGGCCAGCUCAUCGGCCAUUGCCAAGACGGAGCACUACCUCUACUUUGAUCCCCGGAGCGCAAACGCGAGAGGGACGAUGCCACAACCGGUCCGGGCGGCAACUCAAGGCGGGGCACCCGGUGGGCUACCCGGCGGUCCUGGAGGCGCUCCUGGAAUGGGGGCAAGCUUUGGACAGCGAAGACAGGGGUUCUCGGAGGCGCUGGUGUUCAUGGUGGGCGGCGGGUCCAUGGAUGAGUAUGGCAACUUGCAGGAGUGGGCUGCGAGAGGAGCCACGAGCGGUGAUAAGGUCAAGAAGAGAGUUUUGUACGGUGCAAGUGAACUGAUUAAUGCCGGGCAGUUUAUCACCGAGGAGCUGAACAGGCUUGGGAAGGAGAUUUCUUAGCAGCAAACUGAAAUCUUCAAAAUGGUUGGCUGAGUGGGAUAAUAUGACUGAGUUAUAGUAUGUAGAGCACGCAAGGGGUUUAUCAAAACGGAAUAUUAUUGUUGCUCAUUUUUUGUCAUUGUGAAUAUUCAAGACGUGCGAGGAAAUUGGAAUUUGUGACGAGCAUAUUUUGGCAGCAUAUAUGAAACCAGGCGAGGG